GGAGCGCGAGGGUUUGUCCGCAAUCGCUUCCUUUCUGGCCAUUCAAGAUCCCCAAAUCCGCCUGCUUCCUCGGACCCGGACAGCCCGCGGCCAACAGCGCUCGCGCCGUCGAGGAGCCACCUGGGGACGUUGGCCCCGGGCCCCAGCCCUGCCCAGGACCCCCGGAGCUGCCGCCAUGCAUGACACCAUGGGGCUGCUGGUCCUGCUGCUGCUCCCGCUGGCCGGCGUCUCCGGGCUGCCCUUCUACAACGGCUUCUAUUACUCCAGCAGCCCCGUGGGCAACGGCCAUGGCGAAGGCCUCUUCAACGGAGUGAAGCUGGUGGUGGACACGCCCCAGGGGACUCUGUUCUCCCAUCAAGGGGCCAAUGUGACCCUGCCCUGCCGCUACCACUACGCGCCGGCCCUGGCCUCCCCCAGGCCCGUGCGCGUCAAAUGGUGGAAGCUGUCGGAGAACGGGGCCCCCGAGCAGGACGUGCUGGUGGCCAUUGGGCUGAGACACCGCUCCUUCGGAGACUACCAAGGCCGGGUGCGUCUGCGGCGGGACGGGGAGCGCGAGGCGUCGCUGGAGAUGCAGGACCUGCGGCUGGAGGACUCCGGGCGCUACCGCUGCGAGGUCAUUGACGGGCUGGAAGAUGAGAGUGGCCUGGUGGAGCUGGAGCUGCGGGGUGUGGUCUUCCCUUACCAGCCCCCCCAGGGGCGCUACCAGCUCAACUUCCACGAGGCCCAGCAGGCCUGCGAGGAGCAGGGCGCGGCAGUGGCGUCCUUCGAGCAGCUGUUCCGGGCCUGGGAGGAGGGCCUGGACUGGUGCAACGCGGGCUGGCUGCAGGACGCCUCCGUGCAGUACCCCAUCGCGCAGGCCCGGCGGCCCUGUGGAGGCCUGGGCCUGGCCCCCGGCGUGCGCAGCUACGGCUCCCGCCACCGCCGCCUGCACCGCUAUGACGUGUUCUGCUUCGCUGCGGCCCUCAGGGGGCGGGUGUACUACCUGGAGCACCCCGAGAAGCUGACGCUGGCGGAGGCAAGGGAGGCCUGCCAGGAGGACGGCGCCCAGAUCGCCAAGGUGGGCCAGCUCUUUGCCGCCUGGAAGUUCCGUGGCCUGGACCGCUGCGAUGCCGGCUGGCUGGCCGAUGGCAGCGCCCGCUACCCUGUGGCUCACCCACGUCCCAACUGCGGGUCCCUGGAGCCUGGUGUCCGCAGCUUCGGUUUCCCAGACCCACAGAGCCGAGAGUACGGCGUCUACUGCUACCGGCCGCGCUAGACCUCACGGCUCCUGACUCGCCGCCCCUCCCCUCGCGGGCUGUAUUUAUUGACUGCUUCAUGUUCCCCUUCCAGUUGGGGUGGUUUUCAUCUUGUUUUUAUACUUGUCAACUUAAAAUUUAAAAAAAAUUUAUUACAAUUUUUCGUAAAUCCUACAGCUCCCAGAUCCUCCCUCUGCUCGGGCGGACACCCCAAGGCUCCCCGCUCCAGGAUCCUCCUGCCCCUCUCCUCUGGCCCUUUGAGCCUCGUGGGCUCGAGAGGGCUCCCUGCCGUCACUGAGUCCAGCCGCUCUCCCCGCCCCGGGGGCUGAUGCCCGAGGGGACAGUGACAUGAGGAGGCAGGUGUGGCUGCCACAGCUGUCCCUUGGCUCCAGACUGGGUGGACAGGGCAGCCAGGGGGCUCUAGAGCUGGGCUGUGGGCCUCGCAGUCUCCUGCCCGCUCCUGCUUCUCUGUGAAGCUGCUGGACCAGAUCAGCGACGCUGAGGACCGGGGCUGGGAGCGGGUCCCUGGGCUUCGGUGUGAAAUCCUGGGGAAGGGAGAAAUUCCCCGCAUGCUCCCCUUCUCUCUUGGUCCCAAAGAGUCCGUAUUUUGUUCCCGCUUUUCCCGAUUUGGGGAGUGGCCCUCAGGUGUGUGUGCUUUCCUUGGACAAUAAAGGUGCUAAGCUUCCUUCUUCCA